AUGAUAUGGAAAUUUGUUAGCAUGGUCUCAAGUGAGUACAAACUGAACCAGGGCCCAGAAGAUGGCAUCACUGCGGUCAAGUUCUGCCCCACCGCAGCAAACUCUCUGCUGGUGUCUUCCUGGGACUGCUCGGUCCGCUUCUACGAUGCGGUGGCCAAUACCUUGCGCAUGAAGUAUCAACACUCAGCUCCGGUUCUUGAUUGUGCUUUUUAUGACCCAACACAUGCUUGGAGUGGUGAUCUGGAUAAUUAUUUAAAAAUGCAUGACUUGAACACGGACCAAGAUACCGUAGUGGGAAAACACGACGCAGCUAUUCGUUGCGUGGAACACUGCCCUGAGGUGAACGUCAUGGUGACAGGGAGCUGGGACAGAUCAGUCCGACUCUGGGAUCCGAGGGCGCCCUGCAACGCCGGCACAUUCACGCAACCUGACAAGGUAUACACGAUGUCUGUUGCGGGUGAUCGGCUGAUUGUCGGCACGGCGGGCAGACGCGUGUUAGUGUGGGACUUGAGGAAUAUGGGCUAUUUGCAGCAGAGGAGAGAGUCCAGUCUCAAGUUUCAGACACGUUGCAUCCGAGCCUUCCCAAAUAAGCAGGGCUACGUCUUGAGCUCAAUCGAGGGCCGCGUGGCCGUUGAGUACCUUGACCCGAGCCUGGAGGUCCAGAAGAAAAAGUACGCCUUCAAGUGCCACAGACUGAAGGAUGUCGCUGAGCAAGUCUACCCCGUCAAUGCUAUCUCCUUUCAUGGUGUGCAUAACACCUUUGCAACAGGUGGGUCUGAUGGUGUUGUCAACAUCUGGGACCCAUUCAACAAGAAGCGCCUGUGCCAGUUCCACCGUUACCCCACCAGCAUCGCCUCGCUGGCCUUCAACAGCGACGGCGGCUUGAUUGCCAUUGCCGCAUCCUACAUGCACGAGAUGGGUGACGUAAGCCACCCAGAAGACGCUGUAUACAUUCGUCAGGUCACUGACGCUGAGACCAAACCCAAGUGA